GAUGGCCCCAAUACACUGAAUAACCGGAUGUAGUAAUCAGAAAGAGGCUGUCAUAACUGGAGAAAAUGGCGGCGUUGGUGAAGUUGGUAUUGCUUUGGGUUUACGGGAUAAUCUGUGUAUCGUCAUCCUCAUACGACCCUUUGAAGAUUAAUCAGCCAAGUAUUUCCCUGAUAACAGAACUUGACGGCUACAUUGGUCUCACGUCAGGUGAUGAUGGCGAUGUUCGGGUUCUCACGAGCACCAAUGGGUCUGUGUACCUAGAUGGCGAGGACCUCCUCUAUAUCAUACAGAUGAUAGAGAGCAAGCCGCCUAUAUGGGAAGGUCGCAGCGCGCCAGUAUCUGAUAUAACUCCAUACGGGUACCUCGGAGAAUUCAAAGCCGGAGAAAAAGUGCAGAUACAACUAAAGGCGGUAGAUCCCGAGGGGAUGUCAAUAGCGUACAAGAAGGUAGCAGGAGAUUUCCCUCCCGGGUUAUCCCUUAACCAAAAUACUGGAAACAUUACCGGCAUAAUUCCUGACGCAGAUGCUAUAUACACAUUUACAAUAAGAGCUACCGACGCACACGGAAAAUUCGCCGACAACAAGUUCAGAAUGGUUGUUCACGGUUAUGAUAAGUGUUUGAAUAACCCAUGUAAACACGAGGGUCUAUGCACAGACAAAAUGGACUCAUUCACGUGUGACUGUGUCAGACCAUACGGAGGAAUCACGUGUAAUUUAGACUGUCGCAGUAAUCCGCUCGGCAUACAACAGGGUCUUAAUUACGUGAAAGACGCACAGAUGACCGGCUUCAACCUUUAUUCUUCAAAUUUGGCCACACAAGCCAGAUUCGGAAGCGGUAGUGCAUUUAUUGGAGUCAACGAACAGUCAUAUUUACAGAUAGAUUUUGAGAACACAACAGACAUUUACCGUGUGGACACACAGUAUUACAACAGAUACUAUUAUACACAGUAUUUCUACCUACAAUACAGUCUUGAUGGGAAUGAUUUCUUUAAUUAUACCGACUAUACUGGCAUAACACAGAGACUUAGUGGAGCCACAUCUAGCAGCACAUACUCACAAACUCUGACAAGUGUCCUUACUACAAGAUAUGUGAGGAUGUUUCCACUACAAUGGAACAGAAGUUACAAACCGUACUUCAGAGUGGAAAUGUACGGCUGCUAUGAAUACAAAAAUAAUUAGAAAACAUCAGAAUGAUGAACAUUAUAGACAGUGUGUUGUGAUGUAAUGAAGACAGAAAAGAAGCUAUAUAUGUACACCUUUAUUGCUUGAUUAGUCUAAUCUGGAAUAACAUGUCGUAACUUAAUUCAUUUACCAGACACUAAUGUAAUGAAUUAGAAAAGUAAAUAUUGCUGAGUAAAUCACUCACAAGUGUUC